AUGGCUCUUCCACUGAAGGCCGAUGUGAGGCAGCUGCAGCCCACCCAGGAGUUUCAUGCUCAAGCCUACGACGACUCGUCAGACGAUGAGCAGCACUUCAUCUUCAACUGCGAUGAGGUUCGCAACAAGAUCAACGGCCUCUUACGUAGUGGCGAGUACAAGGUUACGCAAUUCCAGAAGGAAUUGGGCAUCAAUAGCAACUCGUAUGGUCGCUUCAUGAGUUACAAAGGUCCAUACACCGGCAGCGAUAAUCAGACCUAUGAAUUGGCUCAUAAAUUCUUUCGCAAGCGCCAGGAGCGGGGCAUCAAGACCAGCGCGCCAAAGACCGCACCAGCAAAGGACCUUCAGCACUUCGACGUGAGCGGCGUAGUGAUCCCAGGGGAAGACAACGAAGCAGUCGCCGUGUACGAUGAUUGCAAUGAGGUCAGACGUAAGAUCAAUGCUCAUCUGAAGGAACCGGGUGUCACACAGGCCAGCUUUUGUCGAGAGAUCGCCAAAUCAUUCCCUGUCGACGACAAGAAGAUUCAGAGUACGCAGCUCAGUGCGUUCCUGAAGAAGAAAGGCGAAGCAUCUGGGGCGGAGUCCUCUGUAUAUUACGGCGCAUAUGUUUUCUUUGAAAAGCUCCGCAUCAAGAAGGGCACCAAAAAGGGCAAGAAGCGAACCGAGGCCGAAGCAAGAUUUCCAGGAGGGCGCCCGCUGCGGGACAGUAGCAAGAUAUGGUUACCCCCAGCUGAAGCGGUAGAACAUAUCGCCGAGUAUAUGAAGUUGCUGGCUCAGUACGGCCAGGGUGCUGAGCAGCUCGUUCAGGAAUACCUUGCGCCAAGUCAGGCUCCGACAGAUCAGAGUCACGAGACCUCCCGCCGAGCACAAGAGCCAGUCCCUCAUAUACCAGCGAUGCAACCGACGCCCUAUCAGCCCGCACUGCUCUACGAUCAUCGCACGGAAGCAGAGAUCGGAGACAUCGUAAGCUGCGGAUUGCACUUCCUCAACGAAACACGCAGUAACACCAAGUACGGCGUCGACAAGAAGUUCUGUGCAAUGUUGAAAGACCCCUUCCCUCACAUCAAGAAGCCCUUUGCGCUCAAGGCGGGCGCCGAGAUCCCAAGAGAGAUCACCAACUACUUCGCGACCUUGUCCUUCCACGUCAACAAGUCGAUGACGAUAGUUUACAUAUGGCUUGAUCUGUAUGCUCGAUGUGAUAUCUAUAUCCCGUUUGCCCAAGUGUGCAAGAUCCAACUCCUUCUGUAUCGGCUCAUGGCAAGAGCGUUCAACGCCCGUGAGGGAGUGCCACUCUUCCAGCAGCCACCACAUUAUCAACAGCUACUUCUGAACGUCUGGCGAUCUGCAAGGCUUCUGCACAACUGGGCACAGACCGACGCUGGCAAAAAGCAGAUCGUCUCCAUGGAGCUGGCCGUCGAGAAGCAACGAUCAUCUAACGACAAUACCGCGCAGGCCAUGUUGGAGGAGAUGCAAUACCAAUCGUGGCUUCAUUACUUGGACGACGAUGCGAAUGGCGGUUGGCUGUCUAGGCUGGAUCAGCGUCGCCAGUAG